AUGCAAGGAAACUGGGAGACGCUUGAAGUAUUGCCUUCACACAAUCUCGUAGUUGUUCCGGAAAGCAAUAAAGUCAGAGUACUCUUAAAAUCACUGCCCUCGACAGAUAUUACUUUUGGAUCAAAGAUAGGAGAGUGUGGCGGCCUAAAUCAAAGAUGUAGAAUCUAUAUACCGCCUGAAAAAGAGGACGUUAUACCGAAACGUGCUGAUCAGAUUAUCAAACUACCUCUUCCGGACAAGUUAUUAGCGGAACUUUACAGAAAACGAGAGAAACAUCUAACGGCGAAGCCAUUAGAACCAUUGAUUCCAACAAUCUUUGCAACGCUUAAUACUAAAUCACCGUCUAGUCCCACUACCUCAUCUCCCCGCUCAUCCUCAUUCCCCAAUCAAAACAUGUCUCUGUCUCAUUCAUCGCCACACAGUCUGCCUGUUAAGCGCAAUUCAGAUACGGUGAAAGAUGGCGAGGAAGGCAAGUCGGAAGAGGAAUAUAUCACUCAAAAGGGAAACAAUUAUUCUCCCAGUCAUGUGGCUAAAUUCUGUGUCACACGUCACGAGAUCAAGUAUCAUCAAAUGUUAGAAUUUCACAUUUUCAAUUCAUUCUGUCAUAAAAUGAAUAGCUUAAAAGACGAACUAGAGAAGUCAGGUUGGUUCCUAAACGAAGAAGGCAUUUCUCAAAUAGCUGAUACGCUGGAAUGCGACGUUGAAGCCCUUACAGUCCAACAAAUUAUUGCAGAAGCUUUAAAUACGGACCUUCGCCACAUAUCAUCUGGUUCGUUACCACGAGAUAUCACAACAAAGUCUCAUAUUUCAUCGCCAUUAGUUCUCCAAAUUCUCUCCAUUACAAAUCUGUCGACACCACAACAGAAUCAGUCGAAUUCUCCACGGCUUUUGCAAGUAGAGUUUACCGAUGGAAAGAAGAAAGUCAAGGGGUUUGAAAUGUUGGGAGAGAUAGAAGGAAUCACCCUGAAUACCCCGCCGGGCAUAAAAGUCUCUGUUAAAAAGGAUAUCGCUAUUCGGGACAAUUUUCUUCUACUAGGACCUGGUAUGCUGAAAAUUUUAGGAGGAGAAGUCGAGGAAUUAACAAAAGAAUGGAAGGCAGGAAAGCAAUUCAUCAAUCGCUCCCAUAAAGGUGCAAAAAAAACGGGUAAUACAUCCAUUCAAGAAGAUGGACCUCCCCCGUUUAUUCCCUUUACAUCCGACGUUUGGAAACUCGUUUGUGGAGGUGGUGUUUGUGGA